UUUGGCGUGAGUGUCCAAAACGCUGCGUCUCUGAAAUGAACCGAUAGGACCUCUCCCUGUCUUUGAGUCGCAUCUUUGAGCCUUGUCUGAAGCAAAACCCUUAUUCCAGAGAUACGCGCUCAGCUGCGAAAACUUGAACUUUCGGUAACAUUUGUACUUUUCUUCUUCUUCUUCUUCUUUCAUGACUUUGGUCGUGAUUGGAAGCAAACUUUAAUCGAUGAGGUUCAUUCAAGUCUCUUCCUCUCAAACUAGAGCUUCCCAAUUUGGUGUUCACAAUGGAGGACCCUUCUUCAUUCUGAGACCGUCGUCUUCUUUUACGCCCCCUAAAUCUGUCUCCUUCAAGUCUAGGUCUCCGUCAGUAUGUGGCAUUUGUAGGAUCAUUCCUCGAAAUAAAUUUGGUAUCAACUGCAUGAUUACCUCAGCAAUGAGCAAUGCCUGCAUCACUAGAUUCUGUGGCAAUUGCCAUGAAGCAGCUGUAUCACUGUUUCCAAGAAAAGAGCAUGGAAUUCUGAGAACCGUUUCCGGAUUCACCUCAACAGUGAUCUUUCCAACUGCUCCUCCCAUUGUUCGUCCACCCUCACAUUUAGUGUUGGCUGCGCACCUUACGCCAUCUGAUGCUCCCCAACGUUCAGAAGAAUGGUUUGCCCUUCGCAGGGACAAGCUGACAACGAGCACUUUCAGCACUGCCUUGGGCUUUUGGAAAGGAAACCGUCGAUUUGAGCUCUGGAAUGAGAAAGUAUUUGAAUCAGAAACAGAAACACCUGGAGCUUCCAAAAAGUCUGCCAUGGAGUGGGGCGUGCUCAAUGAAGCAGCUGCUAUAGACCGCUACAGAAGCAUCACCGGUCGCGAGGUGAGCUCAUUAGGAUUUGCAACCCAUUCAGAGGAGCGAUUUCACUGGAUUGGUGCUUCCCCCGAUGGUCUUCUCGGUUGCUUUCCAGAAGGUGGUAUCCUGGAAGUAAAAUGCCCAUAUAACAAGGGGAAGCCUGAGACGGCUCUGCCCUGGUCAACUAUGCCAUUCUAUUACAUGCCUCAGGUGCAGGGUCAGAUGGAGAUAAUGGACAGAGAAUGGGUUGACUUGUAUUGCUGGACCCAAAACGGAAGCUCAAUAUUUCGUGUGAAUAGGGACCGUGUUUAUUGGGAGUUGAUACAUGGGAUUUUACGUGAGUUUUGGUGGGAAAAUGUGGUUCCUGCUAGGGAGGCUGUGUUACUGGGUAUCAAAGAAGAGGCCAUGUCAUAUAAGCCGGCAUCUACCCACAAACAGACAGGACUUGCCAUUGUUAAGAGCCUAAAGUUAGCUGGUGAGGCAAAGCUGUUGUGUAAGGAGAUUGCCGGUCACGUUGAAUUUUAUAGGUGAUGAGCCCAAGUAAAAGGUUGAGCAACUGACUCCUAUCUUUGUGCUCAUUUUUUGUCUGUAAUCCAUUGGUUAUUCGUGUAUUUGUUAUUGCAGCUCAUUAGCUCUCAUUGUAAAUUUUCAAACCACCUUGAUGAUAUACUUUACUAUUUCA